AUGUCUGCAACUCCACCACGUUUGACUUCUCCAAUCUCUCCAGGAAGAACACAUGGAACGCCCGGGACGCCCAACACUGGCCCAAGACGAGACUUGAAUAACGUUUCGAUUUUCCCAAGAACUGUAGAGGAAACCUCGCCUUCCUCGACGCUCUCCGGCAGUGUUUCUGGAGGCCCUCUGAGACUAGACACACGUCUAAGCAUGCGCAACAUCCCUGGUGUCCCGACGCGGGCACUCGUCGUUCGCGCAGACCCCUCCAUGUUGACCUGUUUCGACCCUGCAGACAAGGAACUGUACGACUUAUGGGCACCUUCACGAUAG